GCCUUAACAGAGCCGGUGGAAAUUUUGUGAGUUGACCCAGGACGUGUUUGCCUGGCGAGAAAUUGAAGGAAAGGGGUAGAGGCUUUGGAAUUACGUGCACAAGCCGGUUGUCGUCCUUGCACAAAACACAGCACGUGAAAACGUUGCUGAUUUGUUUUAUAACUUGAGAUCAAACGCGGGGGUUUCGAUUCUGAAUUGAGGAGUGGGCUUUUGUCCUGUGUUGCUUGUUGCGUAGGCUACAGUUAGGAUUGUCGAGGAAGGUUGUGUUUUUCAUAUAUGUGGAAGCGCGUGAUGAUGAUAUGAGAAGGGGAGGAAGGGGAUGGAAAUGUCGGGAGGGGAAUUGAGCGAUCAGAGUCAUCUCCUGAGAUCGAACGGAGAAGGGGACGUGGAAGUUGGAGGAGGAGGAGGGGGCAACAGCAAGAGUAAAGGUAUUAAGGAUCUACUGAAGCAUCACCUGGAUCGAGGAUUCUCCGGACGCCGUCUCAGCUUCAAGCGAUUGGAGAGUAAUAGGGAGAGAGACCUCCACAACCAUCACCAUUCCUCUUUUGAUCACGCCGACCUCGGCGAUGCCCUCGGCGACAGCGCCCCUCCCGAAUGGGCUUUGCUCCUUAUUGGCUGUCUUCUCGGCCUCGCCACCGGUCUUUGUGUUGCAGCCUUCAAUCGUGGGGUGCAUGUAAUACAUGAAUGGGCUUGGGCUGGAACUCCAAAUGAGGGUGCUGCUUGGCUCCGGUUACAAAGACUAGCUGAUACUUGGCAUCGGAUACUUUUAAUACCUGUCACUGGAGGAGUUGUUGUUGGCAUGAUGCAUGGUUUACUUGAAAUAUUAGACCAAAUAAAGCAGUCCAGUUCUUCUCAAAGGCAAGGUUUUGAUUUGCUUGCUGCUGUCUCCCCUACAAUCAAGGCCAUCCAGGCUGCUGUGACCUUAGGCACUGGUUGUUCCUUGGGUCCUGAAGGCCCUAGUGUAGAUAUUGGUAAAUCAUGUGCAAAUGGAUUCUCAGUAAUGAUGGAAAACAAUAGAGAACGAAAGAUAGCUCUCGUUGCCGCCGGGGCCGCAGCUGGCAUUGCUUCAGGUUUUAAUGCAGCUGUUGCUGGUUGUUUCUUUGCCAUUGAAACGGUGUUAAGGCCUCUUCGUGCAGAGAACUCACCUCCAUUCACAACUGCAAUGAUAAUAUUGGCCUCUGUUAUUUCAUCUACUGUGUCCAAUGUUUUACUUGGGGAGAAACCAGCUUUUACAGUGCCUGUGUAUGAACUGAAAUCUGCAGCUGAAUUACCUUUGUACCUGAUAUUAGGUAUGCUAUGUGGGGUUGUUAGUGUAGCAUUCACCCGCUUGGUCGCAUGGUACUCUAAAUCAUUUGAACUUAUCAAAGAAAAAUUUGGCCUUCCUGCUGUUGUAUGCCCUGCUCUAGGUGGCUUGGGAGCUGGGAUAAUAGCUCUUAAGUAUCCUGGAAUACUUUACUGGGGUUUCACAAAUGUUGAAGAAAUUCUACAUACUGGGAAGAGUGCUUCAGCGCCUGGAAUCGGGCUAUUAGCUCAACUAGCAGCAGCCAAAGUUGUGGCAACAGCUCUGUGCAAGGGAUCUGGGCUUGUAGGUGGCCUCUAUGCUCCGAGUUUGAUGAUUGGUGCUGCUGUUGGUGCAGUCUUUGGGGGUUCAGCAGCAGAACUUAUCAAUUCAGCUAUUCCGGGAAAUGCCGCUGUUGCGCAGCCACAGGCAUAUGCAUUGGUUGGGAUGGCUGCUACAUUAGCUUCAGUUUGUUCUGUACCCUUGACAUCAGUUCUACUUCUGUUUGAGCUGACAAAAGAUUAUAGGAUAUUGCUUCCUCUCAUGGGAGCUGUUGGAUUAGCAAUUUGGGUUCCUUCUGUGGCAAACCAGGCCAAGGAGACUGAAGCAUCUGAUACAAGGAGUCCAUCAAGAGCUUAUUCCUUUGUUUCGCCGGUUGAAGAUAAAAAUGAGGGCAUUUGGAGACAAACUGGUGAUGGAGAUAGUCUAGAACUCUCUGUUAUAGGAAAUUCUUCCGACAAUGAAGCAAUUAAUGAUGAUGUACUUCUGGAAGAUUUGAAGGUUUCCCAAGCCAUGUCAAAGAACUUUGUGAAGGUUUCAUCAACCAUGACCUUGAAAGAAGCAACAAAAUGUAUGCAUGACCGGCAGCAGAAUUGUGUGCUUGUGGUUGAUGGUGAAGAUUUUCUGGAGGGAAUCCUAACUUAUGGCGACAUUAAACGUUAUCUGUCCAAGAAGUCCAAGGAGGCUCCUAAGGGUGAUUCAUCACUUCCUGAUGUAAAUGCAAGUCUUGUUUCCUCUGUGUGUACUCGAGGGAUGAGCUACCGUGGGCGAGCCCGUGGACUUUUAACUUGUUAUCCAGACACUGACUUAGCAAGUGCAAAGGAGCUAAUGGAAGCUAAGGGAAUCAAGCAGUUGCCUGUGGUUAAGCGUGGUGGUGAACCAAAAAAAGAAAGAAAGCGCAGCAUUGUUGCUAUUCUUCAUUAUGAUUCAAUAUGGAACUUUCUCAGAGAGGUGAUGAAUGGCAGAAUACCAGUCUAUCAGCAGAGGAAAGAAGAGAAUAUUGGUGGUUAAUUGCAAAUAGCCAUUGAUGUGGUGAUGGAACUGAUUGUCAAGACUCAAAUUCCAUACUGCUGCUUGAAAACAAAGUUGAUAAUGAGAGCUCGGUGUUCCUAUAUAGACAUUUGGGAUUUGAGCCUCCAUUCUCAGUUGAUUCGGCAUCUGUAUUUCCUUCAAUUGCUCAUUUUGAGGGUAGAGAUGGCUAGUAUGAUGAGUUUUGCUGAUUCUUCUCCGUAAUUUUGGAAUUACAAUCUGUAAAUGUUAACUUCCUAUCCCAAUUGAUAUAUCAAACUACUGUAUGAGUGGGAAAAAAAAAAAAUAACAAUAUACAAAUUAAGAGAAAAAUUUAUACUUUAUUGUAGGCAACUUAAGUAGAGAAUGCUUGUUGCUAUAUGGGUUAAUUUUGGUGCAGAAUCAAAGGAAAACAUAUCAUUUGUCCCCUUAAUUGGAAUUCAUGAAUGUGAUGACGAUUCAUAUUAAUGAUAAGCACCCAUGUUUUUCUGUUU